GGCUUUUUUGUUUCAUUGUUUGCAAGUCUCUCGUCUCCUCAUCGCGCAAGCAUCGCGAUGGGGUCGCAGUCGGCGGUGCCGCGCUUCUUCUGGGGCGACAACCCAGGGGAGGAGGAGUACUACGCGUCGCAGGGAGUGCGCAACGAUCAGUCCUACUUCGCCACCCCGCACGGCCGCCUCUUCACCCAGUCCUUCCACCCCAUCGACCGCACCACCGGCGAGCUCCUCCCCGUGAAGGCGCUCGUCUUCAUGACCCACGGUUACGGCUCCGACACCGGCUGGUUCUUCCAGAAGAUCGCCAUCGCUUACGCCACCUGGGGCUACAAAGUCUACUGCGCCGACGUCCUCGGCCACGGCCGCUCAGACGGCGUCCGCUGCUACCUCGGCGACAUGGAGUCCGUCGCCGCGGCAUCCCUCUCCUUCUUCCUCUCCGUUCGCCGUGAGCAUCCGUCCCUGCCGGCCUUCCUCUUCGGCGAGUCCAUGGGCGGCGCGGUCACCCUCCUUUUGUACCUUCGCACACCGGAGCCGGGCGUCUGGACGGGGCUCAUCUUCUCCGCGCCGCUCUUCGUCAUCCCGGACGACAUGAAGCCCUCCCGCGUCCGCCUCUUCCUCUACGGCCUCCUCUUCGGCCUGGCCGAUACGUGGCAGGCGAUGCCGGACAACAAGAUGGUGGGGAAGGCCAUCAAGGACCCGGAGCGCCUCCGGAUCAUCGCCUCCAACCCGCGGCGCUACACGGGGAGGCCCCGGGUGGGCACCAUGCGCGAGCUCGCCCGGAUCUGCGACUACUUCCAGGCCAACUUCGACAAGGUGACCGCCCCCUUCCUCACCGUCCACGGCACCGACGACGGUGUCACCUCCCCCACCGGGUCGCAGAUGCUGUACGACAAGGCCUCGAGCGAGGACAAGGCCCUCAUCCUCUACGACGGGAUGUACCACUCGCUCAUCCAGGGGGAGCCGGAGGAGAACGCCCAGCGCGUCCUCGCCGACAUGUGCGCCUGGAUCGACGAGCGCGUCCGCCGCUACCCCAACGCCGACGGCGGCGGCAAUGGUGAUAAGAAUCAGCUGGUCGACAUGCCAACCCAUUAAUUAGAGCGGCCAGCAACUCACGGCGGUUGGAUGGAUCUCGCACUCGUUGAGCACGACUCCUACGAGGAUGGGUCCCGAUUAAUUAAUUAAUCAUCUGAUUGGAUACAAGUCGCUGUACUUCUAAUAAAUUUAAUAAUAUAAUAUAAAUGGCACUUGUUCUUUUUAAA